AUGGAAAGACCUUUUGAACCCAAAAUCGAUCCUGAUCUCGUCAAAAUAAGAGAACAGGUAGAUCAAAUUGUAUUUAAAGAAGAGAAACGAGUUGAAAUAGCACCUUAUAUCCAAGUCUUCUUGAAAGUAAUAAAUUACUAUCGUUGCCUAUCCUCUCUAAGUGCACUUUGUAUACUAACGCAAAACCUUUCUGUUCCAAACGUUCGUAAAACUCCAGACCCUAAAAUCAGCUAUAAAAUGGGAUUCCUAUCCCUGAUUGAUCAAGUAUGGUUUUCAAUGGGUUCUUCACUAUUUAUUUGGAAUUACCAACAGUGUCAUAAAAAAGUAGAGAUAUUCCGAUACGACUCUCCUCGAGAUGCUGUUGAUUAUACCGAUGUUCUACAAAUAUCAACCAUCCAUCGUGAGCUAUUUAUUGCUACAAGAAAUAACAUUUAUCUACACAGAAUCGAACUUCCCAGCAGUAAUAGCAGUGGAAAAAUGAAACUGACAACUAACUAUAUCAUCAAAACCAACGGUAUGAUUUUGUCAAAUCCAAUCCAACUUGCCACUUCUUCAGAAAUGAGUCGGUAUUUCUUGAAAGCUGAUGAUGGGCAUCUAUAUGAACUCAAACUUUUCCACAACCAUAGAAACGACACCUUGAUUGAUCACCAGUUAAUACAGUUAACGGCCAAUCCUCUGACUUAUUACUUACCCUCUAUCUUUAAAACUGUUUAUCCAACCACUAUACAAUCCAUCAUCGUCGACAAAUGCCACAAUUUGCUUUAUACUCUACGCAGCGAUUCUAGUAUCAACGUAGCCGAUGUUUCUGAAAAUGGUUAUCGACCGCUUUUCACCUUCACUGAGCUUCCUUUUUUGGUCUCUUUACAUCUUGUAAACAAUUCAACAAGCAAUAUCAAAUCCACAAUUGUGGCAGUGGCACAAAAUGGCCAACGACAUUAUCUUCAAUUCUCAAGUCAUCAAAAUUCAAUGACACACAAAUUCACGUUACCAUCCCCUCCUAUACCAGGCUCGCUGUUAUUCAAUGCUCUGACAACCGAGCGAUUAGAAUACUGCUAUAUCGACAAUGAACAGUUGGUCUUCGGAGCUUCCCUUUGUAAAGCAGAUAAGAGAUACUUAGUAUUGACAGCAUGUCAGUUAGUAGACGAGACUGCAGAAGGAAGGAAUUAUGUCCAAAUGAGUGACGUGUAUCAGGAAGAAGUGACUGAAAAAAUAUGGUCCAUUAAGAAAAACAAUUCAAACAGCAGUAUGACAUAUAACACCACGCUGGAGGAUAUGUCAAAAAAUGAGUAUCUUAUCCUUACUGCAUCUGGUAUCGCGCAUUACGUUAAACAGACACCAGCUGACUUUUUGGAACAGUCUCUCUCAACUACUGUGCCGGCUCAGUUUUUUAAGUUUACAUCUCGCUAUGGAGCAAUGGAGACGAACUAUACGGCAUAUGUUUUGGGAUGUUUAGGACGAAGUUUGGAACAGAUAACAGACUUUCUACAUCAAUCUUCAGCAAGAGAAGAUGGUCUUUUGUUGUUUUAUACUAGAGUUGUGCGGGGGAUAUGGCGAACUCCUUUAUAUGAACGUUUGAACGACGAUAAACUAAAAUUAGCACGAGAUUCUUUGACGACAUUACUUAAACUACUCAAUCAUAUGCAAAUCCCAAUUCAUGAUAAAUUGUUCAAUAUGAUAACUCGAUCUCUGGAAAUCAUAUCUCUUUUACGCUAUCUAAAUGAGUUCAACUGGAUUAAAAUCUCAGAAAAAACGGAUUGGGAAGACAUUCGCUCCUAUUCGCAACUGAUGUGUGACGAAAAUGGAGCUAUUGUAUUGCAAAAUAUUAUCUUUGCGGCUAUUCAUAUUAUCAAAUCGCAACAAAUAGAUCAAAAGACAACCAUGAUAAACAGUUCUACACCAGUCAGCGAUUUCCUGGCAUACAAUUGCCCAUCGAUAUAUCAUCAAGAUGCUUUCACUUACUUUAAGGGUGUCGAAUAUUUGUUGGAUGCACAUUAUACAGCAGCCGAGGAUGAUAAGAAACAGCUUUCUGUCAACCAUUGUGCAGACUGUUUUAAUAGUAUCAUACAUAAUAUCGAUGCUACACGUUUGGACCCUAUCUGUACUAUGAUUUGUGACCUAGGAUGCCAUUAUGAUGCUAUUAGGCUGGUUUAUGCCAAAAUCCUCUGCAAUGAAACAGACGAAUUUAUCAAUUACCAUGAACAAAUUGUCCACCCUAUUUUCCAACGUGCACUCCAUUCAAAAGGAAAAGAAUACUUACUGCAAAUCAUAAUCCAAACCCUUGCUCUCAGUCCUCAGUCAUCACACCACUUCGAUAUUUAUCGAUGGCUACUUUACAAAAGUCAUGUUGAACAGCUACUGAUUGAAUUAGAAGAACCAGAUAUUCUCGAGUUUUUACAUUCGCCCUCUUUACAUCCUACGGUCAGAUAUUCCCUUUUGCAUGCUUAUCAUGCCCAUCGUCAACAAUUUAAACUUGCUAUUCAAUAUUUAUACGAUUUGGCACACUGUGAAGCAUCCGAUGAUAAUCCUGUGACGUUUCGAACGCGAUACAGUGCUUUACGAAAGGCACGUCAAUAUUAUGCUUCAGUGCCUGAUUUAGAGCAAGACAUGAAGAACAGGAUAGAGCAUGCGUUGGCGUCAGCUGACAUUCAAAAAAACAUUUACAACGCCUUAUUGGAGAAAGGCAAGACACAGGAUGUCAGUGCAUUAGAAUACGGCUUACUUACAGAUAAGGAUUUAUUGAAAGAUUUUGCUUAUACCCAUCAGCUGUAUGAAGAAGGUUUGAUGUUGUUGGAUCUGAUGAAGGAUUAUAAUUUCGAAUAUGUUCGAAUGGCCUACGAAAAGAUUAUAGAAUCAAGUCAAAAUGAAAAGGACUUACAAAAUAAGAUUGUCGAAAUGGCUAGAUAUGUUUAUCCAUCAAUUAUAUACUUCCCUGUCUAUAUCAUCUUUGACAUACUGAAUCAGAAAUACGGCGAACAAUUUGCGAGCUCAACAUUAAGAGCAUCUGGCGUUCCUGCAGAAGUAAUAUCCGAAGCGAAAGAGGAAAUAAUCUUUCGAUGA